AUGGCGACCGCGGAAGCCGGCCCGGAGGCCUGGCGGGGACUCGAAGUACGCCAGGCGCCGACAGAGCUCAGCGCCGCGCGGGGGCGGGAGCAGGGCGCGACGGCGGGGGCUGGAGGCGGGACGGGGGCGGGACGCGGCGGAGGGGGCUGGAGGCGGGGAGGGGCGGGGCGCGGCGGAGGGGGGCUGGAGGCGGGGCGGGAGCAGGGCGCGACGGAGGGGGCUGGAGGCGGGGCGCGGCGGAGGGGGCUGGAGGCGGGGCGGGAGCAAGGCGCGACCGCGGGGGCUCGAGGCGGGGUGCGGCGGAGGGGGCUGGAGGCGGGGCGGAGGGGACGGGACGCGGCGGAGAGGCUGGAGGCGGGACGGGGGCGGGGCGCGGCGGAGGGGGCUGGAGGCGGGGCGGGAUCAAGGAGCGACGGAGGGGGCUGGAGGCGGGGCGGGGGGGGCGGGACGCGGCGGAGAGGCUGGAGGCGGGACGGGGGCGGGGCGGGGCGCGGCGGAGGGAGCUGGAGGCAGGGCGGGAGCAGGGAGCGACGGUGGGGGGCUGGAGGCGGGACGCAGCCGAGGGGGCUGGAGGCGGGACGGGGGCGGGGCGCGGCGGAGGGGCUGGAGGUUGGGCGCGGCGGAAGGGGCUGGAGGCGGAGCCGGAGCAGGGCGCGACUGCGGGGGCUGGAGGCGGGACGGAGGGGGCUGGAGGCGGGGCGGGGCGCGGCGGAGGGGGCUGGAAGGGGGCGGGGCGCAGCGGAGGGGGCUGGAAGUGGGGUGGUGGGGCGGGGCUCGGAGGAGGGGGCUGGAGACGGGGCGGGGGCGGGGCGCAGCAGGGGGGAUGAGGCGGAACACGGAGAAGGGGGAGGGGCGGAGCGCGGCGGAGAGAUAGGGCGGCGCAGGGGAGCUGGGGGCGGGGCGGAGGGUGUUUGGGUGCGGCGGAGGGAACUGGGGCAGGCGGGACGGGUCUUAGCAAGGAGGGUUGGUGGCAGGUUGGAACGGGGCGGAGGGAUGUUGGGGCGGGGCGGAGGGGGUGAAGCGCUGAUGCUGGAAGGCGGGGCGGAGGCCGGGCCUUAUCACCAAGCUCCCGCCCCACCCCCCGAAUUGGGCGUUUAG